CCGUACCGGCCGUGCCGCGGCCGUCCCGGGGCGAUGCCGGUCCCGGCCGUGCGAUGGAGACGCCAGGGGCCAUGGACAUCCGCUGCGGGGGUCUGCUCUUCAGCUCCCACUUCGACUCGGGCAACCUGGCACACGUGGAACAGGUGCGGCCUACAGAGCCGGGGGGCGGCCCCGCCGCCCGCGGCAGCGCUCUGCCCGCCGCCGACUACGAGUUCAACGUGUGGACGCGGCCCGACUGCGCCCACACUGAGUAUGAGAACGGCAACAGGUCCUGGUUCUACUUCAGCGUGAGCGGGGGCGCCCCGGGGAAGCUGAUCAAGCUGCACAUCCUGAACAUGAACAAGCAGAGCCGGCUGUACGCGCAGGGCAUGACCCCCUUCGUGCGCACGCUGCCCGUGCGGCCGCGCUGGGAGCGCAUCCAGCAGCGGCCCAGCUUCCAGGUGGUGGAGGCGCAGUUCGUGCUGUCCUUCGUGCACCGCUUCCUGGAGCGUGGCACCGUCACCUACUUUGCCUUCUGCUACCCCUUCUCCUACACGGAGUGCCAGGACAUGCUCAAAGAGCUGGAUCGCCGCUACCAGGACUGCAGGCACAUGUCCCCCAGCAGCCCCCUGGACUCAGUCUAUUACCACCGGGAGCUGCUGUGCCACUCUCUGGACAAGCUGCGUGUGGACCUGCUGACCAUCACCUCGUGCCAUGGCAUGCAGGAGAAGCGGGAGCCCCGGCUGGACAAGCUUUUCCCAGACACCAGCACACCCCGGCCUCACUGCUUCACUGGAAAGAGGGUGUUUUUCCUCAGCAGCAGAGUCCACCCAGGAGAAACCCCCUCCAGCUUUGUCUUCAAUGGCUUCCUGGACUUCAUCCUGCGGGAGAAGGACCCCCGCGCACAGAUGCUGCGGCGCAUGUUCGUGUUCAAGCUGAUCCCCAUGCUGAACCCCGACGGGGUGCUGCGGGGCCACUACCGCACCGACUCGCGCGGGGUGAACCUGAACCGGCAGUACCUGCACCCCGACGCCGAGCUGCACCCGGCCGUGUACGGCGCCAAGGCCGUCCUGCUCUACCACCACGUGCACAGCCGCGUCCUGCCCGGCGCUCCGGACUGGAGGACGUUUGUCUCCCCGCUCAGCACCAGCUCGCUGAGCCUGAGAUCCCCCAACUGCCCCGCGCCGGCCGCGGAGGCCCCGUUAUCAGAGCUGGACAAAAGCAACAACCUCCGCAACUGCCCCGGCUCGUGGCGGGCCGGCAGCCGCUCCUGCCCGGCCGAGAGCGGCCCCAGGGCGCUGGGCCAGGAUGCCCGGGUGUCAGAGGGCUCCGAGCGAGCCGCCUGCAUCCUGCCAUCGAGCCCCGGCGGCGAGCGCCGUGAGCAGGGGCCCGGGACCCCCGCCCCUGCCCCCGUGCCCGAAGCUGAGCCCGCAGAGCCCGCGGAGCCCAUCGCGCCCCGGGACAGCGGCCUCGCCUACUACGUGGACCUGCACGGGCACGCCUCCAAGCGCGGCUGCUUCAUGUACGGCAACUGCUUCAGCGACGAGAACGACCAGGUGGAGAACAUGCUGUUCCCCAAGCUCAUCUCCCUCAACUCCCCCUACUUUGACUUCACGGGCUGCAACUUCUCAGAGAAGAACAUGUACGCGCGGGACAAGCGCGACGGGCAGUCCAAGGAGGGCAGCGGCCGCGUGGCCAUCUACAAGGCCCUGGGCAUCAUCCACAGCUACACCCUGGAGUGCAACUACAACACGGGGCGCUCGGUGAACAGCAUCCCGGGGGCCUGCCACGACAACGGCCGCGCCAGCCCCCCGCCGCAGCCCAACUUCCCCUCCCGCUACACCGUGGACCUCUUCGAGCAGGUGGGCCGGGCGCUGGCGGUGGCAGCCCUGGACAUGGCCGAGUGCAACCCCUGGCCGCGGAUCGUGCUCUCGGAGCACGCGUGCCUGGGCAACCUGCGGGCCUGGAUGCUGAAGCACGUGCGGGGGCUGCGCGGCAGCGCCGGGGGCCCGCGGAGGAGAGGAGGUGCCAGGACCCCCCCCAGGAGCUCCACGGGGCUGCCCGCCUCGGCCUCUGAGCACGCGCUGCCCCGUGCCAGGAGCUUCAGCAGCGGCACCGCUGGCAGCGGGGGCAGCCAGCAGGACUCCCCCCGGAUCCGAGCCUCCCCCAGCUUCACCCUGGGCAGCCCCAGGCCCCCGGCCGCGCCGCAGAGCCCCGGGGGCGGCGGCGGCAGCCCGGCCCCGGGCAGAGGUAAGCCGGGCUGGGGAGCCCUCGCGCGCCUGCUGCGGCGCCUGUCCAGCUGCUGGGCAGCACCGCGGCCCUGAGGGGCUCGGCACCUGGCACGGGGACGGUGGCUCUGUGAGGGGCCUGGGCUGGCUCUGCACCGCCCAGCUGAGCUCCUGCUCCACUGGCAUGUGGGGAACCCUGGGCACAGGGGCCGCAGGGAGAUGCCCCCCUCCAGGGCCGGGACCAAAGGGCUUCUGGAGAAGCCAGCACAGAAAACCUUUGCUCAGCUUCCCACUGCUCCCAAGCAUUCCUGAGGCCAGCAGGGACACACCAAAGUGCCUUUCUCCUCUUUAGGCACUGGCUGGGCAACAGUAGGUUGUGAGCUGUGAGCUGGCAGGGGGCACCAGGGGGUUUCCAACGUGCAGAGUCCCCUCUGGCAGGGGCUGAUGUGCUGCAGCGGGGUACACAGUCAGGCGGGACGCUGGCUGUGCCCCCUGUGCUGGCAUUGCCACCGUGGGGCAGGGGCUCAGGGCCGUGGGGGGCAGGCAGUGACAGCCCUGUGCCCACAUCCACUGUGGGGCUCAGCUCUGGGCACGGUGCUCCAAAGCCCCCCAGUGCCCAGGGCUGUGAGCUGGGGCAGGUGCCCCCUGUGAGCCUGAAGCUGUGCUUGUGUUGAGCUGUGUUCCUCUGGUGUCCGUCGGUCGUGUUGUGCUCGGGGUUUGCUGCCCAGCCCUCUGUCAUGACUGUGUCUUGUCUGCCAUGAGAACAUGGUGGGGAGGAAAUAAAAGGCUGAUGUUCUCA